UGCACUGGGGCAGGAGUAAAAGCGGGUCACGACGCCGCCGCAUGUUAAACCCAAAGUGCAACAUGCGCAGACAGACACGGAAUCCGGUUUAACGUUACUGUUAUUAAACCUGCUGACGGACACGCGUAGCAAUGAGAUAUUUUCCAUGUGUUUCGAGAGAGCAGCUUGGAUAUUUCUUUAUGGAGGCGACAUAGUUCACCGAGGGCAGUCUGACCUCGGUGUUGUCGAAACAAGAUGAUUAAAAACUGGGGUGUCAUUGGUGGUAUAGCUGCUGCGAUUGCAGCUGGAGUAUAUGUUUUGUGGGGCCCAAUAACAGAGAGAAAGAAGAGAAAGAGAGGUAUGGUUCCUGGUCUGUUGAACUUGGGCAACACCUGCUUCCUGAACUCUUUGCUUCAGGGUUUGGCAGCCUGUCCGUCCUUCAUCAGGUGGCUGGAGAAGUUUUCAGGUUCGCCUACGAUCCAGUCAUGCAAAGACAACCAGCUGUCCUCAACACUGCUUCAGCUUCUCAAAGCUCUGUCCAGUGAUGAGCCUGGGGAGGAAGAUGUACUUGACGCUGGAUGCCUCCUGGAUGUUCUCAGACUGUACCGGUGGCACAUCAGUUCAUUUGAAGAGCAGGAUGCACACGAACUUUUUCACGUCCUUACAUCGUCUCUGGAGGAGGAACGGGACCGUCAGCCCAAAGUCACUCACUUAUUUGACAUGCAGUCCCUCGAGAGUCUUCCUGAUCAAGAUGAGAAAACUAUGACCUGCAGAAGUCGGGCCCCUCUUCAUCCAAUACCAAGUCCUUGGAAGUUUCAGCAUCCUUUUCAUGGUCGUUUAACGAGCAACAUGUCGUGCAAGCACUGUGAACAACAAAGUCCUGUGCGGUAUGACUCAUUUGAGAGCCUCUCCCUGUCCAUCCCUCUACCUCAGUGGGGUCGACCCAUCUCUCUAGAUCAGUGUCUUCAGCAUUUCAUUUCCUCAGAAACCAUCAAAGAAGUGGAGUGUGAAAACUGCACCAAGCUUCAACAAGAGAGCACAGUUAACGGGCAAGUCCUGGAAAGUCAGAGGACAACAUUUGUUAAGCAGCUAAAACUGGGAAAGCUCCCCCAGUGCCUCUGCAUCCAUUUACAAAGACUUACGUGGUCCAGUGAGGGAACCCCCAUCAAAAGACAGGAGCAUGUGCAGUUUACAGAGUAUCUGUCAAUGGACCGCUACAAACACAACGUUUCCACACACAGAAAUCAACGGCUCACAUGUGCUCCAAAGAAGACUGAACCUCCAAAGCCCAUGAAGACCGAAAAUUCAGAUGAUGUCAUUGAAAAGCCCACUCCCAAUGGCACUGAUGCAGAGCAUCAUAACAACAACAAACCUUUUUCCAAUGGAACCUGCUCAUCUUUAUUUCUUCACUCUCCCGGUGUGAACCCACAGCUCGGCCUCACGUAUGACUACGGUUCUCCAGAAUAUCUUUUCCAGCUAACGGCUGUACUGGUUCACCACGGUGACAUGCACUCAGGACAUUUUGUCACGUACCGCCGCAGCCCUUCCUCACCUCGCAGCUCUUCACCCUUCAGCUCCCAGUGGCUUUGGGUGUCGGACGACUCAGUACGAAAAGCCAGCCUGCACGAGGUGCUGUCUUCCAACGCUUACAUGCUCUUCUACGAGAGAGUCCGAAGACUGAACCUCGCCAUGCGCUCCGAGGAGUAACCAGAAGCUCACAACCUCAGAGCGCGACUGACUUCUGAUUUUCCAGUCAAACUGUCACAGCUGGAUGUGCCGGUUACCACAUGGUCACCAACAGGCGGAUUAUGACUUUGCGACAAUGAGACCAGACAGGAAAGCCAUCCCGGAGUUAUUGUAGGGAUACUUUUGCAUCAUGGAUCACAGCAACAUGAUAAAGAUCGUUGUAUGAUGUUUUCUGAGAUUAAUUCCAUGAGUGGACACUUUACCUGCUGCUCCGAUCCAGAGUAGGAUGCUCUUAAUCCCAAAGAUUAUGAACCUGCAGGAUUUUAGUCAAACAUCUUUGAUCAUGUAAACUACUUUUCUUUGACACGUGUAACAGUUGCUGUCAUAUAAAGGAGAAAAAAAACAAACAAACACACACCUGACAAUGUAGUGGAUUCUAAGGUAAUAGCGCUGCAAUACGAUGUUCAUGUGUGAAGUUUGUAGUGUUAUUUUUGUUGAGGCUGUCAGAGGUGUUGACUCAACAGAAGUAGCUGAUUAGGACUUCAUGGAGAUGUUACUUGUUACAUAUUAUGAAAAGUCAAAUAGGUAAUUUCUUAUCUCUGGUUCUCUAUUGUCUAAUCUAAUCUAAUUUGCCUAAUCAUUCCCAGCAGUGUACGUUAACUGUAAUGGAAAUAAUGUUUCAACUGAUACAGUUCAUAAGCUCUUGAAUUUGAUAUUUUUCUAUGUUUCCAAUAAUCCUUAACACUGUCAUGAUUUGCAGAGCUGCACAGUUGAGGUUAAAGUGCCAUGUUGUCUUUGAUGCUCGAGAUUUUUAACACAUGAAAACCAUGUCUGCUGCAACUGAACUGAUGUUUAAUGGAUUAAUAAUGGUCUGCUCUCAGUUACUAAAGCAUAACUGCAGGCCUUUGGGCCAGUUAUCCUGAAUAUUUGGAACUCUGUAACUGAUAACUGCCAUUUUGCUCCAACAAAACCAACUACAUCAAACUGAGAAAUGGCCUGGUGCAAAACCCCAUGUUAAUGUUUGCAAUUUGCACUAAUGUAUAUUCCCGUGAGGUUGUGUGUAUUUGUGUGCAAUCUGUAAAGGUGAUUGUUUUCAGGUAUUAAAAAAAUUAAACUAAUGUGCACUUU